CAGAUGUCAGACACACUAAUUCAACCCCCUUACUAACUUCAUAACAUAAUUUCCACGACACAUUUCACUUUACACCCUCCGCUGUGUCUUCGCCUCAGCUCAUCAUGGCUGCCUCGACCCCCGCCAACCCUCUUCUCUCUAACCAGAAGAGUUCCGAGCUUCAGGCUGUUCUUCACCCACUCGUCCUCCUCACCAUCUCCGACUACAUCACACGUCAUACUCUUCGUCAACAGGAAGGGCCCAUUAUUGGCGUUUUGCUAGGUCAACAGAAUGGUCGCGAAAUCACAAUCGAGCAUGCCUUUGAAGCUCACACCCGACAAGAGCCCAAUGUACAAGGUGGAUACCUCCUCGAUGCCACGAAAUUUGGCGCACGGUUAGAACAGAUGAUCACUGUCCAUAAAGAUAGACACCUCGACCUCGUUGGAUGGUACACUCUUCUACCUUCUUCAGGUCCUACCCCGACUAUCCUCUCAAUCCACAAUCAGAUUCUCGAAGGUUGGAACGAGUCAGCCAUACUCCUCGGGUUCCACCCGGAGCAGGUCCUUGACCACUCCGUUGGUGGCAGACUUCCACUCACUAUUUACGAGAGCAACUAUGAAGUCGACGACCAAAAGGCGGAUAACGAUGGAGAGGACAAGAAGAUGGAUGACGGGGAACCCACGCUCAAGCUCAAGUUCAGAGAGCUGCCCUACUCGGUUGAGACCGACGAAACCGAAAUGAUCAGCAUGAACUACGUAGCUGCUUCAGGAGGAAACGCUGCUGCUGCUCCCCCAAAGGAAGACAAGCCCUCUCUGUCCAUCGAGUCGAAUGGCAAGGGCAAGCGCCGGCUAGUAGAGAGCCACGACGAAGAUCAUAACAAGGCGAUUGCGCAGGAUGAUGAGGUUGUUCUGACACCAGAAGAGGACGAAAUGAUUGCUGCCCUUACAGCAAAGGCCAACGCUAUCAAGAUGCUCCAGUCUCGAGUUCUCCUUCUCACUACUUAUCUCGAGCGUCUUCCUCCCUCGUACAUCAACGGUGACGCAGCCGACUCCAGUAGUAUGGACGCCGACUAUACCACUCCAUCAGCGACAGUGCUUCGCCAGAUCCAAGCCCUCGUCAGCCGCCUGGACCUCGUCAUUCCCUCUGACAGAGCCUCAUUUGAGCGCGAGAUGCUCCAUGAGGCAAACGAUGUUAACUUGGUGAGGCUCCUCAAUGGCAUCGUCCAGAGCGUCGGCCAGGCCCGCGACGUUGGCAAAAAGUUCCACGUUGUCGAAAAUGCAAAGGCGUCGCACCGUCGUGGUGCUCCUCCUGGCCCCGGUCAGGAUUUUGUCAUUGACCCAGCUACUUACAACAUUCGUGGAGCCGGCGAUAUCCUGAUCUGAAAUUGCUAGAUAUACGCGCGGAGGCCCGCAGGCGCAAUGACGCGUACGACAGAAACGACCUAGUCAAAUGCAUUCAGCCCGGCGUUUGGUGUUCGAGGUAGAUCACAACUUCAAAUCGUGUUUUAGAGAUGAAUUAAAGCAUAGACUAGUUAUUCAUAUCAUAUUUAUUAGUCUAGUGAUUUGUGAGUGUUUCUCGGCUUCACGGGUCAAGUUGCGGUAGGGGUCAAAUGUUCAUGUUAAUAUCGUGGA